CCACCAUUCCCCAUCACUUCAAAACCAUGGAUCUCACUCACGACGAAUGGGAAGCCCACGUCGCCAAGAAAGUAGAAGAAUACCGCAGUAUCAUCCAAGGCACCGACAUCUACGAGAACUGCGGCAACCGAGUAGUUGAGUCGCGAACCACGCAUGGGCAACUCGUCGCCGUGAAGAUCCAGCCAAAGAAAUGGUUCCGACGUUCCGAAGCCGCCAUGAUGCAGUAUGCAUCUGAGCAGAAGGGGAUUCUAGCGCCCCGGGUCCUGGGCUGCUAUGAUGUGAAACCGAACAUGACGGUCACAGUGACGGACCGGGUUCCUGGCGAGUCGCUGGAUAAGGUGUGGCAUACUUUGACUAGAUUGCAGAGAGAGACGAUUCAAGAUCAACUGAAGGAACAGGUGCAGGAGUUUCGGAAAUACACGCAGCCGUAUAUUGGUCGAUUGGGGAAGACCAAAACGUAUAAUUUCUUUGAUCGGUUGCAUAAUCACGAUAUGGGACCGUUUGAUUCGGAAGAGGAGUUUGAUGAGUGGUGUUUUGCGAGAGUGAAGUUUCCUCUGCAGCAAGCGUUCUGGAAACGAUACCUGCCGAAGAUGAGGGAUAAGAAACCGUCCAGGUUUGUCUUGACGCAUGGUGAUCUGGCGGCGCGGAAUAUCAUAGUUCAGGAUGGUCGGAUCACUGGCAUUGUGGACUGGGAAUAUAGUGGGUUCUUUCCGGAAUAUAUGGAGUAUGCACUGGCCACGGUCAUUCAUGAUGGUAUUGAAGACUGGUGGCUUCCGGUGUUGAAGAAGGUUUUGGAGCCGUCUGGGUAUUUGCGGUCUAAGUUUGUUGCAACGAUCAAGGACCGAGGGUGGUAGUCUUCCCUCCCAAUGUUUGCUUUUUUUGGUUUCUUCGUAUUUGUAGCAUCGUGAUACCUCAUGCUUUUGAUAUCCUAAUUGCCUGGAAUUGAUGACUCGAAAUACAAACUCGGCCCUGGGAUCAAAUUUGUCAUCUUCGCAUUGUUCUGUCUGGGUAGCUAUCCUCUCUUCUCGUUUUGAUUUUUGGUUCUCCUUUGAGGUGGUGACAAACUGCCUCUCUACAUGUUGAACAAUGAGAACUUGGAUGUCUCAUGCUGUAUGGGAGCCAGAUCCACAGCACUACCGU